AUGUCCUUUGGUGUCUCGGACAUCAGAUGCUCAAACAUUAGAACACCUGGGUAUCUUGUAAUGUGGGCGCCAACAUGUGCUUCGAGGAUACAUAUUCAUGAUGGAACCAUGGCUCUGCAGUCUGGAAAUUCCAACGUAGCCCUAACAGCCGUGAUCGCGAGCUGGCUCGUUCACAUCAUCUCACCACAUCCAUCUGAUAUCGACGGAAAAUGCAAUAUCAAAGGCCAUUCGUCGCAUCCGAUUGGCCCGGCAACUCGCAUCUCGCACCGUAGCUGCAUGCGGUUUACAAAGCAUGAUGCCGUGAUUCGUCACACAAAGAACCGCAACGGGUUUAAAGUAGAGCUCGAGUAUUACGAGGGAACAAGGGCGAUUGCAGGCUGUGAGGACAAGAAACUCAUUGGCACUCCAGGCCGGGUGCCGGCUUUGUCAGACCUUGUUCGACGGCUGUCCACGACGACGACGCUUGAGGGUGCUGUUGGCGCUGUUGGCGCUUGGCGGAUGCUGGUGCCAUCGAGAGGGAAUCGGAGAUGCUCGAUGCGCCGCUUGUUGGGUCCCUGA